CCUCCCCUCGUCUCCCUCCCCACAGCAUACUCUCUCCAGCUUUCAGACUCUCCCAGGUUGUACGAGCAUUUGCAAGCAGUUCCGUAGUCAGCAUGCCGCCCAUCAGCCAACCCAAGCACACGGAGUACGACAUCGUCUUCAUUGGCGGAGGUAGUGGAGGUGUCGCGGGUUCGCGUCGCGCGGCGGCCCAUGGGGCCAAGGUCGCUCUCAUCGAGUCUACCCCUACGCUCGGCGGUACCUGCGUCAAAGUCGGAUGUGUCCCAAAGAAGAUCAUGUGGCAUGCUGCAGAUAUCGCGGACAAGAUUAGGCAUGCCCAGGGUUACAAGUUCAAGGGGCCCGGCAUCGGUGAACCCCAAUUCGACUGGAAGGCCUUCAAGCCCCAGCGCGAUGCUUACAUCCGUCGCCUGAAUGGUAUCUACGACAACAACGUCACAAAGGAGGGCGUUGACUACUUCGAAGGCUUUGCGCGGCUCAACUCUCCGUCCGAAGUUGAGAUCGCCGGCUCGGACGGCAACAAGAUCACGCUCAAGACAAAGUACAUUUGCGUUGCAACUGGCGGGCGCCCGACGGUCCCUUCCGACGAGCAGAUUCCCGGCGCGUCGCUCGGCAUCGACUCGGACGGCUUCUUCGACCUCGAGGAUCAGCCCAAGCGCGUCGCAGUUGUCGGUGCGGGCUACAUCGCCGUUGAGCUCGCGGGCGUGUUCAACACGCUCGGCUCCGAGACGCACCUGGUCAUCCGCCACGAAAACUUCCUGCGCACGUUCGACCCCACCGUCUAUGAGACCCUUGGCAACUGGGCCACCCACACGGGCAUCCACAUUCACAAGAAGUCGCAUGUGACCAAGGUCGAGGGCACGAAGGGCGGACCCCUCACGGUGCACACCGACCACGGCGACAAGAUUGAGGUCGAUUGCCUCCUCUGGGCGAUCGGCCGCCAUGCGAAUACCGAAGGGCUCGGGCUUGAGAAGCUUGGCGUGGCGCUGAACAAGAAGGGGGAGAUCGUCACGAAUGAGUACCAGGAAUCAAACGUGCCCGGCAUUCUCUCUGUCGGUGAUGUCCAGGGCCGUGUCCUCCUCACCCCCGUCGCGAUCGCUGCUGGCAGAAAGCUCUCGAACAGACUGUUCGGCCCGCAGAAGUUCAAGAACGACAAGCUUGACUAUGAGAACAUCGCCACCGUCGUCUUCUCUCACCCGCCCAUCGGCACCGUCGGUCUCACUGAGCCAGAGGCUAUCGAAAAGUACGGCAAGGAUAACAUCAAAAUCUACAAGUCCUCCUUCCGCGCGCUCUACUUCAGCCAGGUGCCCGAGGAAGAAAAGGAGCCGUCGGUGCACAAGGUGGUCGUCGCUGGGCCAGAGGAGAAGGUUGUCGGCAUCCACACCAUCGGCCUCGGAAGCGACGAAAUCAUCCAGGGCUUUGCAGUCGCGGUCAAGAUGGGCGCGACGAAGGACGACCUCGACAACACGGUUGCUAUUCACCCGACAUCGGGCGAAGAGCUUGUUACACUGAAGUGAGAAUAUAUCAAUGCCGUAGAAAGAAGUUGUAUUAUAGAUACCGGGUGAAUACCAUACCUGUUCCGUCGGUGUAUGCCGCG